ACGCUACACAAGGAAGAGAUGCGGACGAUGGGUCGGGAAAAGUUGUGUGCGAACUCUCUCUCAAAGAUCCUCUUUUUGCAAUGGGAAAAAAAAAAAGUGUCUAAUUUUUUUUUUCUCGUCAUUGUAUAUACCCUACCGCUGUUGGGCUUCGGAGAUGGGAGUCUGUAUUGACCAUUACUUUAUUUUAGCGGCUUUGAUUGAGCUUGCUGGUGUAUGAUGUAUGCCGGGGUAGGAAUCUUGCGAUGUGUUUUUUAUUUUAUUUUCUUUGUCUUUUUUCCUUGGUCAUUUUCAUUGUUGUCACUUACUGGUUGCGUGCUUUUACUAUCAUCUGAACUGGAGUGUGAUGGGCAGGAGGAACUGGAAUGGAUUAUGGAUUCUUUCGUCAAUAUUUUGUCCUUCGCUAUUCGCCACUGUCAGCGUAAGACCCCCGUUGCACGUACACUAUCAGGUGUCUGGAUAUUUCCCCCCCUCUUGUAUACUCGCAUGUGCGGUAAGGACGAUCUUUUCAUCCAAUACCAGCAGAAUCUGAACUCUCACUAUAUUCCGCUUCCUCCAGUGCUCAGAUUAACAACUACAUACCGAAGUAUGACUCACUGGGCCCCGGUAACUAACCAAGAGCCGGAUCACGGACCAGGUGAGUCAUGCCCGGAACGGUGGCGAUGGGCUUGCAGCCUCAGGCGGCAAGGCUUCGGUGAGGUCCAAAGGCUGCCAGGCAGUAAGGCACCAAUCAUUACGGGAGAUGGCGGAUUCAAGGCGGAGAAAAACGGAAUGGCGUGAAUCAAACGCUAGCCUCAUAUAGAAUAGCACGAUCAGAUAAGAUCAGCCCACUGUCACGCGUCCCCAGAGCCGGUUAUCAGUGGGGGGAGGGGCCCGGU